AAAUAUCCAACCGAAAUUUAUGUAUAAACCAACUGUUUUCUUUUUCUUAUAUCGACCGAAAAAAUAACCUGAAUAUAUUUGGUUUAUAGUUUGGUUCACUUAACAUACAUUCUUCCUCUGUUCUAUGACUUCGCUGCGCCGCCUUUCCUCUGCCAUUUGUCUUAAAACCGAAAGUACAAAGGAAUAAGAUUGCUUCAGCCUCCGCCGUCAAGAAUAUCUGCGACCAGCCACUUUGCGGCCAGUUUCCGGUAGAAUCAGAACGACGAAGAUCGUGAUUUUGGUACCAUUUGAAAGAGAUUUCUCCCAGGGUUUAAGAACAACCGAGCUUGGUCGAUUUGGAGUUUCGCGGAGGCGUUUUGUGAUUUGUGAAUCCCUCUCCCAAAGAACUAGGGAGAGUUAGAUUGCGAUCUUGGUGUCUCUGGAAAGCUCUCACUGCCACGAAUCCACUGAAUUUAACGGUUCACCAAUCAAAGCUAAACUAGGAUCUUGAAGUUGAGCGGAAAUCAGUCUCAAAUUUGUUUAUUUUUCCAGCGAACUAGGAUGACUUAGAAUGAGAUCAAGGUAUCUCUGGAGAGGUCUUGCUGCGAAGAAUCUAUAUAGGAAGUGACGUUGAUUCGUUUGAAGCUUAUGUAGGCGUGGUGGUUGUAUGAGUUUCAAGUUAGGGCAGGAAAGCGAAGGAUUAAAAAAAACAAUGGCGGAAGAGCCGAGGACGACAAGAGAUAGUAUUUACAGAGCUGCGAGGAGUAUAAAGCGAAGAGACAACAGUCUCUACAACGCUCUUCGAUCAAUCUACCAAGACUCCAUCUUCGUGAACGAGAUCUCGCAGCUAUGGCCGAAACUUCCUCUCGUCGCAAACCUUCGUUGUGGUCUUUGGUACUCUCCAAGAUUCGACGCCACUUGCUACUUCAAAUCCACCGAUGGUCAUACCAACAACUUGUCCUUCAACACUUCACGUCUCAAUCUCCAUCUUCCUCUUCUCGCUGGAGAAAAAGGAGGUUGUAUCAUUAUUGAUUCUACUCGUAAAGGAAAGCGCUUUCCGGAUAGCAUGUCCAAAACCAUACCCAUAUGGUCAUGUGUAUUGAAUCGCUCGAUAUUUAAUCACUUGAAGAAAUUAUCUAACACUGAUCAGCUCAUUGAUGCAGGUUUCAAUGGUGAUAACAUACGAGAAUUGUUAGAUAAAUGGGAUUGUGGUUUACAUCUUCCACUAUGGGUUUCCAAGACUGAGAAAGCCUGUAUUGAAGCUCGGUUAGAUGAAUGGACAAGACAAUUAGAUGAGAGUGGAGCUGAUAUAGCCUCUCUUGCUUCAUGUUUGAGAAAACCUUUACGUCCUCUUUGGGUUUCGCAGAAAACGGUCAUAUGGUUGAAUGAAGUACCUGAGCAUGAUUCGUGGGAUUUCAUCCCUCUCAUCCUUGUCUCAGGUUCUGCUUCUGGUGAAAUUCAACAAUAUAGGACCAAUUCAGAAUUUAGUUCGAGCUAUAUUCCAGGGGCUGGUGACGAUGAAGAGAGUUGGGCUAGAGGUUUAUCUCCGAAUGUUUUCUGGACACAUGUUGACGAUCUUAUUGAUUCGGAACCUUACUUGUGUAACAAGAAAGUUGCAGAGAUUGUUGAGAACGAUAGAGUAUACCGAGCACAUAGGGGUGAAGAAGCUCCUCAAGUUCUUGUCAAAUGCUCAAAAUCUUCUGGUGGAAUCAAUCACACAAAGAGUGAUGAAAUCUUAUCUCUUAGUGUACCAAAACCAAAAGUUGAUGAAGAAAGCUUAGUAUCUUGGUUAGCAUCAACUAAUCUUGCUGUUGGGGCAUCACAAGUAGCUAGUAAGGUGACAUCUAUCGACUGCAUAUUAAAUUGCGAUCAAAAUCCGAUCUCAGUCCCUCAAACAUAUCAUGAAGAGCAUUUGCAUCUCCCCAUGAAGGGUUCAAAAUUUGAUAGGUUCUCCAUAUUAAAGAAUCUUCCUUCCGCUGUUGAUUUUGCUAAGAUGAAGAUGAGUUUGGGAAAGAAACUCUUAAUUUGUUGUCAAGAUGGGGAAGAUAUCAGUGUAUGUGUAAGUUUGGCCAUCUUAGUAUCAUUAUUCAAUGAAGAAGGGGAAUUUGAUGGUGGAAAAUCUUUUGAGAAAAAGAGUAUUACAAAAAUUGAAAUGCGGCGGAUGCUAAUAUUUAUAUGCAAAUACGUUGUCAAUGCCAGACCAUCUAGAGGGAAUCUAAAGCAAGUUUUAAGUUUUCUUUCGAGCGGAAAUUCGGAGGAUUGAAGGUAGAAAUCAUGUAUUCUUCAAGGUUAUUAUGGAUUCAUCUUUGCUUGCAGUGAGAAAACCAACAAAUUUUGCAAUCUUUUCAGUCUUUAGUUGCAUUCUACAUUAUGUGAUGAGAGUUUUUGUAAUGGUUUCAUCUUGAUAUUUUGUAGUCAAGAGAAUCUUUUAUGGCUUUUACACCAAUCAGUUCGUUGAGACAAAGUUUUGCCAAAAGCCACUAUUGCAGUAUAUAUGAGAUUCGAAACAGACUGGUUUGGAAUAUAAUGAUUUUUUUUUUUAAAUGCUUCCUAAAAAUUGAGAUGCAAGAAGCUUUGACGAUCUAAAA